AUGAACCUAUUGAGUAGACUCGUCGGGUUGGGUAGCCCAAGGGCAGCAGAAAACAUUAAUUCAGCAGCUGCCCAAGGACCGGAUGAUGACAUACCCGAACCAGGUCAACAGUUUGCCCAGUUUGGUGCUGGUUGCUUUUGGGGUGUUGAGCUGGCCUUCCAGAGAGCAGUGGGGGUGACCAAGACAGAAGUUGGUUAUAGCCAAGGGCUGCUGCAUAAUCCAAGCUAUGAGGAUGUGUGUACAGGGACCACACACCACUCAGAGGUUGUCAGGGUCCAAUAUGAUCCCAAUCAAUGUAGCUAUGAGAGUUUGCUUGGUUUGUUCUGGGCUAGACAUGAUCCUACUGCACUGAAUCGGCAGUCUACAAGUUUGUUAUAUAGUGAUCUAUGUAAACUCUCGACUGAUAACCUUGGCUUCAAGUUUGAUGUCUACACUUCCCUGAUCUGA